CAGAUGAGGAGAAAAGAGAGGAAGAAACCGUGGAAGCAGAACAACCGCAGAGCUUGUGACUAAGAUUAGAAUGUCGCUCAUUGCGUUAGCUGCACCUGUCUCUCCCACUGUCGUCGCUUUUCGCCGCGGAGCGAAGCAAUGGAGCGCGCUAUUUCCGAAAACCAGGGGAACUGGUUCGUCCUUGUUCGCAAACUCUCUCAGGAAACGGUUGCGAUUGCGGUUUUUCGCUUCGGGAAAUAGUGGUGGCAUUGCGGAGGAGAUAUCUGAAGCCGAGAAAGAGCCUAAGAAUUUUGCGUGGCCUGAUAACAAGAAACCUAGAGUGUGCAUAUUAGGCGGUGGAUUUGGUGGCUUAUAUACUGCUUUGAGGUUGGAAUCGUUGGAGUGGCCUGAUGAUAACAAGCCACAGAUUAUACUUGUCGACCAAUCUGAACGUUUUGUUUUCAAGCCAAUGUUGUAUGAGCUUCUAUCUGGAGAAGUGGAUGAAUGGGAAAUAGCUCCUCGUUUCUUAGAUUUGCUGGCAAACACUAGUGUGCAGUUUUUCAAAGACAGAGUAAAAGUUUUGCAUCCCUCUGAUCAUUGGGGAAUGAAUGUAUCCAAAGCAUCUAGAUGUGGAGGAACUGUUCAUCUUGAAAGCGGCCUUCAGAUUGAAUAUGACUGGCUGGUUCUUGCAUUAGGCGCUGAAGCCAAACUGGAUGUUGUACCAGGGGCAGAGGAAUUUGCAAUUCCUUUCUCAACACUAGAAGAUGCACGUAAAGUCAAUGAUAAAUUAACUACAUUAGAGAGAAAGACAUUUGGAAAGGACGUUCAAAUUAGUGUGGCUGUUGUUGGUUGUGGUUACUCGGGAGUUGAAUUGGCUGCAACACUAGCAGAGCGAUUACGGAACAGAGGGAUUGUGAAAGCAAUUAAUGUUGAAACUGUGAUUUGCCCAAAUGCCCCACCAGCAAACAGGGAAGCUGCUCUAAAAGUUCUUUCAUCAAGGAAAGUUGAACUUUUAUUGGGUUACUUUGUCCGCUGUAUUCGGAAGCUCAGUGGAUUGGAAUCUUCAGAUACCUUGACAGGGGUGGAUGAAAAUAGUACUGAAGUAGCAUCUGCUACUGAGAAGUAUAUAUUGGAGCUACAGCCUGCUGAAAGGGGAAUGCAGAGUCAAAUCAUCGAAGCAGACCUGGUAUUAUGGACUGUUGGAACCAAACCUCCUCUUCCUAAGCUAGAACCUUCAGAUGCACCAUUUAUAAUUCCACUAAAUGCUAGAGGGCAAGCUGAAACAGAUGAAACACUACGUGUUAAGGGUCAUCCCCGGAUAUUUGCCCUCGGCGACUCUUCUGCAUUGAGGGAUUCAAGCGGAAGGAUCCUUCCAGCCACUGCACAGGUUGCAUUUCAGCAAGCAGACUUCACUGGUUGGAAUCUGUGGGCUGCAAUCAAUGGGCGUCCGCUUUUGCCAUUUAGGUUUCAGAAUCUGGGUGAGAUGAUGACCCUGGGAAGAAAUGAUGCUGUCAUUUCUCCGAGUUUUAUUGAUGGAUUGACAUUAGAAGGACCUGUUGGUCAUACUGCGAGGAAGAUAGCUUAUUUGAUCCGGUUACCAACAGAUGAACAUAGGCUUAAAGUGGGGAUUAGCUGGCUUACAAAAUCUGCCAUUGAUUCGGUGUCAUCGCUGCAAAGUACCUUGUACAAGGUCCUUUCGGGCUCUUAGCUUCAGAAAGAAUGACAUAGGUUGGCCGAAUUGUAUAUUCAACAACUCUAAUACAUGAUCAAGUACAGCUAUUUUUAUUCACAA